GGAGCGGUGGGUUAUAAUCGAAGACCCAUCGCAACCACCAUCUCAACAGUUGCAGCACCCCAAAGAUGAAGCAAGAACCAUCAGGGCUUCUAUCAUGGGCGGCAGUUGGAUCCCAUGUCUGAGCUGAUCAGUACAGGUCUUGCUUAUUUCUGCGAGCCAAGAGGGAACGCACCUUCCUCUCGACACUGGUGUCUGCCAAAUUUUCAUCACCUGGGGAAGGCGCUCACGAUCUUAACAAAUGAACAGGGACUGUGAUAUCCGCUUCGCGAAGGAGCGGCGCUUUCCUCAAGAUGACCUUCCCACGUAAGAGGAAGCACCAGAAAGUCGAAUGAAGGGAUCAGUUGCAUCUUGUGUCAUUGCCUUCCAAGUCCUCCAUUGUCCCUUACUCCACAACCAAUUCCGGAGAUUUCCCCGUCAACUUCAAGUUCAGAGUCAUUCCGUCGUCUCCCCUCCCGCCAUUCCACACAUCCUGACACACUCAGAUCAUUGACCUUCUUGUUCUCCCAGAUCCUUGGUCUCCUUGGUUUCUUGCUCCUCAGCUUGCAGCUUGCAUCAUCUACAUCUCCCACCACAACAUCGGUUGAUUCAGCAAACACGCUAUCAAGACGCCUCAAAAUGCUCACCAUCGUGCCACUGGUUCCCGGCAUGCUCAUGCUGCUUGCUGAUGCUCCAGGCGCUGUCGCCCAAGCCCAAAACAUCGCCCAGCAGCCGACCGUGUACAAGACUGUCACCGUUCCGGUCGACUUGGCCAACUCUCCCAAUGCCCAGGUUGCCGUGACUACCGUCGCCCUUUCAACUGUCACUGUCUUCGGCAGCGAGCCCAACUCUGCACUUGCAACGAUCGUGAUCUCACCCGACGCUGAGCAAAGCAGCACUGCGGUAAUCUCCAGCAGCGAAUCUAUCAACGGAGCGGCUACCAGCAGUGGCCUCACUACUUCGGCUCCUUCUGCAUUUCCCUCUCUUACCGCGAACGGAACCUCCUUCGGAAACUUCACCAACACCACAUGGCCGCUAGACAAUUCCACCUCUGUCACCUUGAUCGACCCUACCGGCACAGAUGUGGGUGCCCAGGAAAGCAACACUGCUCAUGACGGCAAGCCUAUGGACACUGCUGGAAAUGCCAAAAGCGCUGCAGUCUCCGAGACUCAAGGUCUUGUUGGUGGGGUUGUCAGGGGCAUUGUUAUUGCUCUCCUCGUUGCUUUGGCCCUUUGAUCUCAUUCCAAAGCAACUACGGAUACAGGAGAACAAAUCCUGCCUCCCCUGCUUUCCGGACAGCAAGAGCAACCUCAUGACACAUGGGGAAGAAGACUGUGGAGGAGCUCGUACGCGACAAGUAAUGUUCAUGUUGAUGAUUCAUGAUCCAUUCGAGGAUCUGGUUUUCGAAUAUUCGGUAGAUUAGCAGCACCAUCUGCACGAAGAGUCGAGAAAAUCUUCAUAGGGCCCAUAUCUAUUAUGGCACCAAUACAUUACUUCCUACCCUA